GCACGCUCCAGUCUCAGCAGCAGCGUCUCCAACUCCUCUUCUGAAUGAGCAGCUAUUACCAAAUCACGCUCCGGUUGUGCGACUCCUCCGGACACCACUACCGUCACAACCAUCACGACCAUCACCACCGCCAUCACCAUCGUCAUCAUCACAACCAUCACCUCCGUCACAACCAUCACGACCGUCACCACCGCCAUCACCAUCUCACCACCGCCAUCACCAUCGUCAUCAUCACAACCAUCAUCUUCGUCACAACCAUCACCACCGUCACCACCGCCAUCACCAUCGUCAUCAUCACAACCAUCAUCUUCGUCACAACCAUCACCAUCGUCAUCAUCACAACCAUCAUCUUCGUCACAACCAUCACGACCGUCAUCAUCACAACCAUCAUCUUCGUCACAACCAUCACCACCGUCACCACCGCCAUCACCAUCGUCAUCAUCACAACCAUCAUCUUCGUCACAACCAUCACCACUGUCAUCAUCACAACCAUUAUCUUCGUCACAACCAUCACGACCGUCAUCAUCACAACCAUCAUCUUCGUCACAACCAUCACCACCGUCAUCAUCACAAUCAUCAUCUUCAUCACAACCAUCACCACCGCCAUCACCGCCAUCACCAUCGUCAUCAUCACAACCAUCAUCUUCGUCACAACCAUCACCACCGUCAUCAUCACAAUCAUCAUCUUCGUCACAACCAUCACCACCGUCACCACCGCCAUCACCAUCGUCAUCAUCACAACCAUCAUCUUCGUCACAACCAUCACCAUCGUCAUCAUCACAACCAUCAUCUUCGUCACAACCAUCACGACCGUCAUCAUCACAACCAUCAUCUUCGUCACAACCAUCACCACCG